AUGUGCCGCCAUAAUGAGUCCAACUCUGGAGUCGAGAAACCAAUCGUCAUCACAUUUACCUUGACUGUUCCUGCUGACCUUGGCUUCCUAAAAGAUCGCUCUGGCCAGUCUCUGACGCUGCAACAGGCGUUAGAAGCUCUUCAAGCAGGAAUAGAGCCGCGAGACUUCUUUGUGAGUCAAGACUUUGAAGUGGAAUGUAAUUAUGAAUCCGAGGGGAGCGUCAAGCUGCUCAGAAAGUUCCAUCUCCGAUUGGAAUUCGAGAAAGACCGUAAUGUCAACCUCAAGCUCGGGGUUGUAGAAGCUUCUGGUGCAUAGAGCGUUGCAUGCGAGAACACAUUCACAGAAGUAGUAGAAGUUGCAGACAUGACAUGUACCAUUUCACUUUUUCUUACUCACAUCGCGGUCGUCUUGUUGGCUUGCGAUGGUGCCUGUGGCCCAU